UUGCAGAGCCACGGAGGAGGCGCUCUCUUCCGAGUGGGGGCCCCCCCGCAGUGUCCGGCGGCCGCGCCGAGGGCCGGGCGGGCCGCAGGUUACAUUGAAAUGCCACAAUCACCCGUGGUUCAUCCAUUCCCAGGAUAAGUUAAGAAAUCAAAUUCUUAAAACUUCUCUAAAGCGUCAGCCAUUUUAGAGUGAAGAAGUCAGAUGACUUACAGAUGUUGUUUGUUGUUCUUUUGGACCAGUCUGACUACUGGCAUACCUGGAAUUCUGAUCUCAGUUGAGGGGGACGGGGUCCACCAUUGUUUUGCAGUUUCUGAAAGUUUCAAGGCAAAAAUUCAGGUGUCAGUGGGAGCAAUGGAAGGUCGCAAGGCAGAGGAAGAGAUGUUAGAUAUUCUUCGACUGAAUGUGGGUGGCUGUAUUUACACGGCCAGGCGUGAGUCCUUGUGCCGAUUUAAGGAUUCCAUGCUGGCAUCCAUGUUCAGUGGUCGUUUUCCUCUAAAAACAGAUGAAUCAGGGGCUUGUGUUAUUGACCGUGAUGGACAUCUGUUUAAAUACCUUUUGGAUUAUCUUCAUGGAGAAGUUCACAUUCCCACAGAUGAGCAAACCCGAGUUGCUCUGCAGGAAGAGGCGGAUUACUUUGGCAUCCCUUAUCCAUACAGCCUGUCCGACCACUUGGCCAAUGAAAUGGAGACAUAUUCUUUAAGGUCAAAUAUAGAACUUAAAAAGGCUUUAACAGACUUCUGUGAUUCGUAUGGUUUAGUUUGCAACAAACCAACAGUUUGGGUUCUCCACUAUCUCAACACAUCUGGUGCCAGCUGUGAGAGUAGGAUUAUCGGUGUGUAUGCCACAAAAACUGAUGGCACAGAUGCCAUUGAUAAGCAACUGGGAGGAAGAAUUCACAGUAAAAGCAUUUUUAAAAGAGAGGCGGGAAAUAAUGUUCAGUACAUUUGGAGCUAUUAUUCAGUAGCAGAACUGAAGAAAAUGAUGGAUGCUUUUGAUGCCUGGGAAGGAAAAGGUGUUAGCUACUGGCGGGUGCCUCAUGAGCUGAUAGAAUGUUGGACUCUGGAAGAGCGGCCUUUACUUGGGAGCCUAAAUCACAUGGCCCCAAUUCGAAAGAGGAGACUGGCCCCCCUUGCCGAGGAGGAAGAAGGUGUGAACUGUAAGAUGGCUCCUAAGCCUGUCAGGUUUUUGGGCCCUUCCACCAGCACCCAAAUUAAGGUCAAGAACUCGGCUGCAGUCAGGGUGCCUCCCAGCAGUGCCCUUCAGGCCUGGCCCCCGGCCACGGCACAGGCACACCAGUCUUCAGGCAGGGGCGCAGCUCAGCGCUCCGCACUGUCUAAAGCCCCGUCCCCUGCCGGCACUGAGGUACCCGGGCAUUCCCCGGCUUCCCACGGGACCUGGAGUGCUGAAAAUGGAGCCGCACACCCACCUCCAGCUAAGGUUCUGCCCCCCGACAAGAAGGCCACCCCACACCGAGUGAUAAAGCUGAGGCGGACUCCCCUGUGUGCCCCGGGGCCUUCCUCGCCCGCCUGCUCAGCCGCGAAGUCCCCAGGGGACCCAGCGCUGCUCGCCACCGAGGCGCCGGCCUUGAAUGUGCGGACUGAAAACUUGCAGGGCAACACGGAUUGAUGUCCUGUUUGCCUCCAGAGCUUCCAACCCAAGUGACACGCCUAAGUGACACUGUUGAUGUAGUGGAGGUGAAAACUUAGUAUUUGUAUUUAGGAUAAUUGUGGGAAAAAUAAAUCGUGUGCUCUAAGAAUGGACGAGGGGAGACUACAGGUGGUUGGGGCUAUAGUUACUUCUCAUUUUCCCAACUUUUAAAUGAUUAUUUGUCUAUAGACAGUUUGAAUUUCAGGUUUUUAUUGUUUUGAAUGGUUAAUCGGUAGUAAGGCAACAAAACCGUGCAGCAAACAUCACUGAGAGGCUUACCUUGUUGCUGGAAUGAGUAUCGACUUCGGGCACUUUCGUCAUCUUACUCGCUGCUGCCCAGGGGUGGGAGUGACUGUGGGCUGAGAUCUUCCUGUUUGCUGGAAUAGAGACCGUGAUGUUAAUGCUUCCCUGAGCUACAUCACAACCAAGAGGUGGGAGAGAAAACGGAGAUCACGGUGAACUCACUGCAGGUCCCUCCCAGUCUUAAAAGGCAACGUGAAAAGAAGUGAGAGGAAGGAGAAGAAUGAUAAUGUGAGAUCACACUUUGACUUUCACUUAAUUAAAUUAUUUUCUUUUCUAGAUUGGCUUUUCUUUUUUCCAUUAGCAGAUUUAUUUAUACAUCAGAAGAUUUCUCGGGAUAAGGACUGUAUAACAUCUCUUUGGAAUAAAUUGUUAAAAUAUCUUACUUUAAUUUGUAAGUGUAGUUUUAAAUGUACUUUGGAAAAGAGAAGUUACAAGUUUAAUAUUUAACUAAAGUUAAGUUUUGUUUUUCAGCAAUGACCAUUGAAAAUUCUCUGAUUAUAUGAUAUGAUUUUUAUGCAUAAAAUAUCCACAUCACUUGAAUUUAAUAUUUUAAAACAGAAUAUUUUGAUUAAUCCUCUCUUUUUCACGACUGUUAAGUUGUGUGUGUUUACGCAUACAUGUUAUAUUUUACAGUCGGAUCAUAUAUUGCUGCCUUCAGCGUGUUAAAAAUAAGUUCAUGAAGCAGGGUACUUUUUACUUAGUGCAUAUCAUUGUACUUGCAUUGUUUUGAAAGAGUAAAGUAACUAAUUCAAAACAUUAUUUUACAAAAUAAAGUAAAACUUUUCCAUAAAAAGUGCCAUUUUCUAUUACUGUACUUGUUCUUAAGCCUUGGAGCCCUUUAGUAGUUUGAAAGCUGGUCAGUUUAUGUAGGUUAUCUAUGUCUGUUUCCAAAAUUAAGCAAUUUAAUAAUUAAGCAGUUAAGCCUGGGUAGGUAAUAUGUGAAAUAAUUAAACCAGUUUUGGGUAGCUAUCCAAAUACCAGCAGCCUUUUAAAGUAGGUGGUUUAUUUGGCUAAAAACAAACAAACAAACCAAAAAACAUUUAACUGAAGAGUCAUGAAUGACAUUCUUUGUAGAAUAUAUAAAAUACUCAGUUACUUUUGAAAAAAUACUAGUAUAGAGAAUCCAGACAUUCUGAAUAUCACAGACUGCAGUGAAUUUUGAGAACUUCCAGUGAGGACAUUAUUAAUAUUGCUUGAUCUUGGACAUUUUGAACCGCUGAUUUAUAUAAGAAAAUAUACUACUAAUAAACAUGUUUAUUUUAUACAUAAUAAACAUUUAUCUGGAAAGGAAACACGUUGAAGAUUAAUCAUGGGUGAUUCCGUCGACAGUCUUCAUUUCUUUGCAUCAAGCAGUUUAGGGCAUAGCCUAGUUGGCACGUUCAGCCUUUUUGGGAAGAAGCUUUGGGAGUAGUUACUGGGCUGAGGUGCAGCUGAGGUGGGAAGCAACAAAUGGUCCCAUGUGGGUAUCAGGGGUCAGAGUCAUACUCAGAAUGUUGGAGGACCUU